CUCAGACCAUUGUUGUUGUGACUGCCGUCCGGAGAGCAGCGGAGUGCUGUAGGAGGGCUGGAGUGCUGAGGACGCAGCUCUGUGUCUCUGAGCGGUUCGAGGGAAGCGGACGGACGAGUCUGAGCUCCACGUUUCAGCAGCACAGCGCACAUCUCACCGGGAUAAACUCACCGAGGACAGGAGAAGUCGUAGAAGCGCUGCGUAAAGACGCGCGUAGAGAGUUAUCCAAGAAGGACUCUGAGCGACCGGGCACGUUUUUCUGUCACCCGUUUCUUUCUCUCCUCAUAUCGGAUCUUUUUCAACAAUUUCAGAACAAAAUUUACGACUUUGCCACCGGCGAAAUCCGCUUUCCUCGCUCCCCUGUUGGGUUUUAUUUCCUCCAUGGAUCUAGCGCUGUGAGCGGCCGGCUGCAGCGGACUUUGCCCCGGAGGAUCGCAGCUCCUUCUGCCCUGGUCACCAGGAGAGCCCGACAGCUGUCGUUCAUGUUGCAGGGGGCUGCGUUUGAUGGAUUUAUAGGGUCGGCUUCGAUUUCAGGAGGAUACACGAACCCUGGAAGCCGCUCACAGCCCGCUUUUGUGGAGGAUACAGCGGGGAUCUCCAAAUGAGGAUUUCAAUUUUCACUCAGAUCUACCGGGACAAGGAGUGAGUUCACCCCCCUGGUUGGUGCCAGUUGUCGCUGCGAGGACAGACCCGGAGGAAAGGAUCCAGAUUUAGAGACUUUGUGGGUUUCUGGAGUCGCCAAUGCCUGGGACCAGCGUGUGAGGCCCUCUCCAGGCUUCCAAACGUGUAAUUUUUCCCCUUUUUCAACCACAAGACACACACGUCAGGUCUAGAAGAUGGUGAGGAUCUGCAUGUUCUGCGUUCUGCUGCUCGGUGUGGUGGACAGAGUCACGUCCAGAGCCAUCGAGGAGUUAAGAACUAAAGAUCUUCGGGUCUCCAGGCCUCUAAUAGUUCCUGGUUACCCAGAAAACACCACGGCGGUGGUGGGAGGUCAGGCCAAGCUGGUGUGUAAAGUCCACAGGCCGGCGUCCACCAAGGUUCAGUGGCUGAAGACCGAGUCUGAAGGUCCAGAACAGAGGCAGGGAGGACCGCCUCGCCUCAGGGCUCUGACGGCCCUGCAGAGCAACGGGUCCAAAGUGAACACGCUCCAUCUGUCCAACAUCACUCUGGAGGAUGCAGGAGAAUACAUCUGUAUGGCUGAGAGCAUCCACACAGGGCAGACGGUGCAGGACAUGCAGUCAGCCUGGCUGGAGGUGCUGCCUGGUACCAUCAUCUCCCAGACGGUGGACCUGACCGCUGCUGAAAUCCCCUCAGAUGUUCUCGAAGACCUGAAUGAAGACACCACGGAGCAUCUUCUGUUAGAACCGGGAAACGUCCUGAAGCUGCGCUGUGACAUGAGCAGCCGGCCCGGCAUGGCGGUCAACUGGUACAAGGAGGGAGUCCGGGUUCUGCCGACGCCUCGCAUCCAGAUGCGCGGAGCCGUCAUGGAGAUCACAGACGUCACGUACGAGGAUUCAGGCGUUUAUGUCUGCGUUCUCCGAGGAACCAAAGAGCCUGUGAGGAACUUCACCAUCGCUGUGGCAGAUUCGUUGGGGUCUGGCGACGAUGACGAGGACAACGGCUUGGAGGACUCAUCCACUGAGAUUGAAAACGACCAAGUUUACCUCUCCAGAGGUCCUUACUGGACUCACACCCAGCGCAUGGAGAAGAAGCUGUACGCCGUUCCUGCCGGCAACACGGUGAAGUUCCGCUGCCCGGCGAUGGGAAGCCCCAUGCCGACCAUCCGAUGGCUCAAAAACGGACGUGAAUUCAGAGGAGAGCAUCGCAUCGGAGGCAUCAAGCUGAGACACCAGCACUGGAGCCUGGUGAUGGAGAGCGUGGUGCCCUCAGACAGAGGAAACUACACCUGCGUGGUGGAGAACAAAUAUGGCUCCAUCGCUCACAGCUAUGUCCUGGACGUCCUGGAGCGAUCGCCCCACCGGCCCAUCCUGCAGGCCGGUCUGCCCGCCAACACCACGGCGGUGGUCGGCAGCGACGUCCAGUUCCACUGUAAAGUUUACAGCGACGCUCAGCCGCACAUUCAGUGGCUGAAGCACAUCCAGAGGAACGGCAGCCGCUACGGUCCUGAUGGGACGCCAUACGUCCAGGUUCUGAAGACCGGCAGUCUGAACAUGUCGGAGGUGGAGGUGCUCUACCUGUCCAAGGUCACCAUGGACGACGCAGGAGAGUACACCUGUCUGGCUGGAAACUCCAUCGGCUUUGCCCACCAGUCCGCCUGGCUCACCGUGAUUUCAGAGGAGGAAGCAGCAGACGGGAUGGACACUAUGGAGACCAAAUACACCGACAUCAUCAUCUACGCCUGCGGGUUCCUGGCUUUGAUCAUGGCCAUCGUCAUCGUGGUGUUGUGCCGGAUGCAGGUCCAUCCGAGGAGGGAGCCGUUUGACGCCCUCCCUGUGCAGAAGCUCUCCAAGUUCCCUCUGCGCAGACAGUACUCGGUGGAGUCCAACUCGUCAGGGAAGUCCAGUGCGUCUCUGAUGAGAGUCGCUCGCCUCUCGUCCAGCUGUUCUCCGAUGCUGGCCGGAGUCAUGGAGUUUGAGCUUCCGUACGACCCGGACUGGGAGUUUCCUCGAGAGAAUUUAACGUUGGGCAAACCUCUGGGAGAAGGCUGCUUCGGUCAGGUGGUCAGAGCUGAAGCCUACGGCAUCAACAAGGACUCUCCUGAACAGGCCACCACCGUGGCUGUGAAGAUGCUCAAAGAUGAUGCCACAGACAAAGAUCUGGCAGACCUGAUCUCAGAGAUGGAGCUGAUGAAGGUGAUGGACAAACACAAGAACAUCAUCAACCUGCUGGGAGUCUGCACACAGGACGGUCCUCUGUAUGUGCUGGUGGAAUAUGCCUCCAAAGGCAGUCUGAGGGAGUACCUGCGCGCCCGGCGACCUCCAGGGAUGGAUUACACCUUUGAUGUGACCAAAGUGCCCGAGGAGCAGCUCACCUUCAAAGACCUGCUGUCCUGCGCCUACCAGGUGGCCCGAGGGAUGGAGUACCUGGCCUCCAAGAGGUGCAUCCACAGAGAUCUGGCAGCCAGGAACGUCCUGGUGACGGAGGACAAUGUGAUGAAGAUCGCUGACUUCGGCCUGGCCAGAGGAGUUCACCAGAUCGACUACUACAAGAAAAAUACCAGCGGUCGGCUGCCGGUGAAGUGGAUGGCACCUGAAGCUUUGUUUGACAGAAUCUACACACACCAGAGCGACGUGUGGUCGUUCGGUGUGCUGAUGUGGGAGAUUUUCACGUUGGGUGGUUCGCCGUACCCCGGAAUUCCCGUUGAGGAACUUUACAAGCUGCUGAAGGAAGGACAUCGCAUGGACAGACCCUCCAACUGCACACAUGAGCUCUACAUGAUGAUGCGUGAGUGCUGGCAUGCUGUUUCCACCCAGAGGCCGACCUUCAAGCAGCUGGUGGAGGAGCUGGACCGAGUGCUGCUGUCCAUCUCUGACGAGUACUUGGACCUGUCGACGCCCUUCGAGCAGUACUCCCCGUCAUGUGAGGACACGUCCAGCUCCUGCUCCUCCGACAACGACUCCGUUUUCACCCACGAUGCCUUGUCCACCGACCCCUGCCUCCUCGGCUACCAGGACGUUCGCUCUCGGAUAGACGUGAAGGCGGCUCUCCGAUAGACACGCAAACGAUAGAGUGGAAACACGCCGCCUUGGACUUUAACACAUCCGCUGGUGGACACCGUGAAGGUCCACCGCUGCAACGUUAAGUUAAAGGUUGUGUCCUCGUGAUGUUUCCAUUGGACCUCCAGUCAAAGCCCUUAGAGAUAGCUAGGCAUUUAUACACGCAUACAUGAACACAUACACAGAGCACCGAGGCCACUGGGCUUCGUCACACGAUGGAGGUUUGAAGAAAAACGCUUCGUCGUGAGCAGAAGAAAAGAGGACAAACUAAACACGGUACUUCAGACUAUCAGCUCUGACUCUGUGCCCGAGAACAGUUGGAAAAACCGCGGCACGAAUCUCAACAGAAGAUCCUGGUACUCGAAAACGCCUUCAAGUGCUUUCUUUGAUCGACGGACAAUGAUCUCCUACCGCAAAACCCCAAACCGGGGCUCGAAACCUCGGCUCAUAAAGACAUUUUACCAGAAACAAACAAACAAAAAAAGAUUUAUUUUGCUAUGAUAAAAAAUAAGAAACUGAUUGUUAAAUAUAAAUCUCUCUAUAUAAGAUUAUUUUACUUUUGUGUUGCUUAUUUAAAAAAGAAAACGGUCUUAAAUCUCAGGAUCUCUCAAGCUAAGAAGUUGCUGUAACGGCAGCAAAGUGCCUGAACCGAUGAUUUCCUGUGAAUAUAUUAGAAUAUUAAAAAUAUUGUAUGUACAUAUCGACAGCAGAAAGAAAGACGAUUGCCUUUUAUAAAUUAUUCUGAAUGACACGAAAAAAAAUGAAGGUUACAGGAGGCAAACGGAGAGAGGAAUUAAAUCAAGUGCCAAACCUUUUACGGCUGUCUUCAUGUUCAGGUUUCUUUCCAGAAUGAUUAAUUUUUACCCAGUGAGCUAUUGGUGUCCCGAAUGUAAAUGAAAAGUGACGACAUGGAAAUGGAGUUGAUGGAGAAACACACAUUUUCCAUCAACAAGUCAACAAAAUGACAGAUUCUGCCUUUUGACAUGGCUUUAGAACUUGGGAAAUUUUGGAAUGAAACCCUCCGUUUGUUGUCUGGUUCCAAGAAAUUGAUUUAUUGUUAAAUACCACAGGGAGCCCAGUUAUUGUUGUUGUUGCUGGAGAAAGACUACAGAGGUUUGUUGAUCAAGCUGCAACACAUUACAGAAUUGGUUUAGAUCAGAUCUCAGAGCCUGAAGGUUACGAGACGGACUUGUUUACUGGUGAGCAGCGUUUCGUGGUUCUCCGGUCUUUGGCUAUGUUCACACUGCAGGCGAAAGUGACCCAAAUAUGAUUUUUUUGCCCUUAUGCGACCUGUAUCUGAUCUUUUCAUGACAGUCUGAACGACACAGAUCCGAUUUUUUCAAAUGCGACCCAGGCCACUUGGAUAUGUGGUCAAUUCCGAUACGUAUCGGAUCUUUUGCCAUGCGACUUCAGUCUGAACGGCCAGGUCACAUUUAUCCGACCUAUACGCCAUUGGUACACGACAAACGUCACUAUUCUGCGUCUUCGGGCUGCCGGAGACGUGUGUCUUGCUGUGAGUGUUAAAAAACAGGCGCUCACAUAUGUAGGUAAAGGUCGCCCUUAUCAUUCUAAAAUUCUGAAUGAAGUCUGCAACUGUGAAGCCUCUCACAUCACUAUCCCACCACUCCUGGCUGUGACUCUGCACCCACACAGUUCUCUGGACAGACGUUGCUGCCACUGCCCCACAAAACACCAGGGAAAAAUCCUGGCUCUCUUCCUUCUUGACCUUCUCCUUAAAACGAUUAAGUUAUAAAUAUGCUGGCUCCAGCUGCACAACAAUUUUAAAAUGGCCAGACAUGCUCUACUGUUAGCGUCCAUGUUUACUUCCCUAAACACGGAACACGCUCUCUGCGUGUCGUUGUUGUGUCCUCUUCUGCGCAUGCGGGACACUUUUGGGUCGUGUGAGGUUCACACAGGAGACCACAUACAAGUCAUAUUUAAUUGGAAAUGUGAACGAACUCACAAAAAAAUCGGAAUUGAGCAUUAAGCCCUGCAGUCUGAACGUAGCCUUUGUCGCGGUGGGACUGGACCCACGGUUUAGCAUGAGGACUCUGUGGGGAGCUGGCCCAAGCCCACUGCCACUGCUGACAAGGAGAGGAAGACCGGGAGGCGGGGAGGAGGGGGGACACUGCAUGUGAAAGCCUGUGUGAUUGAUUUCAAAUAGAGGAGGAGGGGGAGGGAGCCUCCUUUGUCUGGCGGUAACCCUUCACCCAGCCCAAUCUGUUGGCGAGGGGUCCUCAGGUCCGCAGCCUGGCCGGACAAUGAAAGCUUUGCCGGCUUAAUGGGUGUGACUGCGGACCAGAGGGAGUGUUGGGGGUGGCGGUGUGGGUAUGGCUUGGGCUUGUGUGCAAAUGAAGAGGCUCUUAUUAUGGUAAUGGCUCCUCUUCUCUCCCAAACGUCCCUAUCUUUAUCCCCACAGCCACCAUCUUUUAAAUUACAAAUCCUUAUUCAGAUUCGCCGCUGCCACCAGCACCAGCUGUAGGCUAUUCCCCACCGGGGUAAAAUGCCAACUGAGUCCCAGUCUGCCUCCUGAAUCCCACCAACAAUUGAGACACAAACAGAACAACGGCUGACAGUCAGGUGGAAAGAGAUCAAACUGUAUGAUGGGAAAAUGGAGGGUUUCAUUCCUGGCUUCAUCCGGCAGUCGUGUGUUUGUAGAGAAAACCACCGUCUGGUCCGUUCACCUCGUUUGUCUGCAUGUUCUGUCGUCAGUUUUCCAUUUACAUCCACAAAGAGUCCAAACACAUUUUCAUUUUUAACAUUCCAGCUAUCUGCUCUUCUCCCAGAUACCAACUGUAAACAAUCACAGCGUUCUUAAGCAUUUCCUCAAGAGAAUUAUUUUAGAAAUAUCUAAUUUAUUUGUUUAUUGUUUUGUUUUUAUAUGAAAUAAAGUAUAAUUUAAAAUAAA